CGCAGGCGCGGUGCGGCGCUGGGCGCUGGGCUGGGAUUUAAAGGGCCAGGAGCGGCCCGGCCUGCGCUGUCCCCGGAGCCUGCGGCCGGCUGCCCCGGCCCGGGAAGAUGGUGUGCGGCGGCGGGUUCGCUUGCUCCCGCAACGCGCUCUGCGCCCUCAACGUGGUCUACGUGCUGGUUGGGUUGCUGCUGAUCGGCGUGGCUGCCUGGGGGAAAAGCUUUGGCAUUGUCUCCAGCAUCCACAUCAUCGGCGGAGUCAUCGCCGUGGGCGUCUUCCUGCUGCUCAUUGCCAUCGUGGGACUCAUCGGGGCUAUCAACCACCACCAAGUCAUGCUCUUCUUUUACAUGGUCAUUUUGGGGCUCGUCUUUCUCUUCCAGUUGGGAGUCUCCUGUUCGUGUCUGGCCCUUAACACAAGCAGAGAGGAGAGUCUCUUCCGCGCCACCUGGGACAUCCUGAGCAACAAGACCCGCAACGAGAUCGAGGUGAAUCUGAACUGCUGCGGGCUGCUAAACAACACCAACGACCCAGUCGCCAUCAGGACGUUCCAGAUGGACUACAACCUCUGCACUGCUAUGUGUAAGGACAACACGACCAAGGGCCACGUGCCCAGCUGUCCCAAGUGCGGGGAGAAGAUGCUGAAGCAUUCGGACGAGGCCCUGAAAAUCCUCGGGGGCGUCGGACUUUUCUUCAGCUUCACGGAGAUCCUCGGAGUCUUGCUAGCCAUGCGCUACAGAAACCAGAAAGACCCUAGAGCAAAUCCCAGUGCCUUCUUAUAGACCGUCCACCCCCCCGCCCCUUCCCCGCCCCAGCUGCUUGUACUUUAGCCAUGAGAAUCCAUCUCCCUUCACUGCUCGGAAGGAAAGCGACGCCUGCAUCUGCCCCCCUUCCCACUGCCGUGUUACCAAAGCGCUGAGUGGAUGAAACGGCAGCUGCACGGCUCCAUCCUUGAUAUGAAGCCUUUGGCAAGCGGGGGGUGGGGAGCCCCGCGAGAACGUUCUCGUGCUGCGAGAGCCCGGGCUCAGCCGUGCCGGAGCCAGGCAGCCGCGCUGGGCAUGGCUAGGAGCAUGACGCUGCUAACGUGUAGUUGGUGCCCUGCUCCGACAAGUUCCCUGGCUCUGUUCCUGGUACGUAGCCAAACACGGAGAAGCGUGUUGCCCUGCCGAGACCGGCCAUGGCAGCCUGGCCAGGAGCAAACUCCAGGGCUGUAUUUACCCUUGUGGAAACUCACCUGGCUGCAGCUGCGCUGACCCGACAAGGAGAGGGAGGACCUGCGUGGCUUAGAGACCGCGGAGCCAGAGCCAAACGCCAGGGCCCCGUCAUCUAGGAAGUUAGUUACGUUCCUCUAAGGGGUGGGGCAGGGGGCUUUGUCUCUGAUCUGUACUAAUCCAAAAGGAGAAUGUACAGCCUCUCGCGGAGUUAACUGCCCUGAAGAUGGUCAUGUGACUGGGGGGAGCUGGUGCGUAGCAGGAAAUUUGGCAUUUUUAUCCUCGAAUAAGUGGAAUCUUAAUAGCCAGGCUGUAGCCUUUCAGCAGGUGGCACCUGCUCCUGCUUCCUCUUGCCCCACCUAAGGGCUUUGCAGGAACAUUUCUGAGCCUUGGACCAGCUCCUCAGCCCCCUGCAAAAGCAUCUUUCAAAGCCUCUGACCUCCAUGUCCAAGGCUCACCCCCAGCUGUCCGACCCUAACCUCCCAUGGGGCAGUAGAGACCAGCCGAGCUGGGGUCCCAUCCUCCUCCGCUGCCACAGUCAGUUGGAGCUUGCUUCUGCGCUGUCAUAAGGGGGAGGAGCCAUCCCCCGCCUGGAUUCCUUGCCCAGGUGAUCUCUGCAGGGCAAUUCCCUGCCUGUUGCAGGGCCAGCUGGGAUCUCUCUUUGCCAGCCCCCGGCUGUGGCUUCUUUGGUUUUUGCUGCACCCCCUGCCUGAGACCUUAGCCCAACAGCCAGACACAGCUUGACCGAUGCCUUCCUUAGAGCGCAGUGCUACACCUCCCUGCAGCAGGUGAGUGUGGCUUUGAGACUGAGUGGGAGGGCUGGUCUGGUCCCACUGCAUUCCCACUGUCUCCAAGGGGCAGUGUCUGCCCCUCCCUCUUGGGUCAGACAUGGGGAGUCGGCGCCUGGUGCUGUUACAUGUGCAGCUGGGCACUUAGUCCCGUGCUCUGCAGUGGGGCUAAGUUGAUUAGCGUGUGGGGCUGGGCAGCGAGGCUCAGCUGGGAAUAGGGCCAAUAGAUUCACACACCCACCCACGCACCCACAGUACAGUGACGGGGACAGACAGUGCUAGCUUCUCACCUUCACCCGAGUUUGCACUGAGUGUCUCCGCCAGCUUCGAUGGCACAGACCAGCCCCCGCUGCAGGCCGUAGCUCUGGGCCAGACCAAGGCCCCCUCCGCCCCAAAGCCCUGGCAGGCUGGGCCAGGCCCUGGCCUCCUCAUGCUGCCUUGGGCAGGAAGAGGUGGAACCCAGCUCCCUGGCAAGACAACGCUGGCCCAGCCACCAGGCUGGACUCAGGCUGACAGUAGUGUGGGGCUGGAGGCUCACCAAAAGAUGCCGGCUGCUCCCCCUCCCCUCGCAUGCAGUAGAGGGCCCAGGCAGAGCUGGGUAACCCCCCCCCCCCAGGAGAAGCACCAUCCUUAACCAACACUAGAUAGUUUUGAUUCUUCCCGCCCUGCCUCUGUGAGUCCCCUCACCCCUGUGACUAGUGUGGGUAGAGCCCCGAGGGGCUGCAUGCUAUUUAUUUAUAAGUCUAGCUGGAAACUCUAGGUAUGUUGUAGGAGUAGAAGGUUGUUUUCCCGCAGUGUGACAGAGCCCUCCCUGUACCAGGCUCGGGGCAAGGAGACUGGGGGCUUCUGCAGAACCAGCACAAGCGCCCGAUUCUCCAGCCACCCUUCAUUCAAGGGCCCUCUCCCCAAACUCUGCCCUUCAGCUCUGGGCUAUGCCCACCGGAGACAGCAGAAUGCUGCUGGCUCCUUUGUCAAUUAACCCUUGUAGGGAACUCGAGGAGAGUGCUCACGCCUCAGUGUUAAAUGCACACCAGGUGCCGGCUGCCAGUAGCAGGCACCUGGGCGCAGCCCGACAGAGCGCGGAGACCAGGGCGCUGAAGGAGUCUAUUUCCUCUCCGCCACCCGCUUGGAUCAUUUGCCAGCUGAGCCCGCCUUGCAGCAUAGAGUUCAAGGCUUCAGCUGAUGACAGCACAUCCCCCUGCUCCCUGGGGAAGUCCCCAGCCCCAGCUGGUAUGUAAACAGAGCCACAGGGCAAGGUCCCGCACACAGGCCCUCGGGGGCACGGGGGACUCCAGCGUGACUCAGCCCCAGGCAGUGCUACUAGAGGUUUCAGUGUUUAGCUGGGCUGGCUGGUUCGGAGGGGGCUUUCCCAGCAGUGCUUGUGGGUGCGGGUUCCCCUGGAGGUGGGACAGAACUCGGCUGGGGCGCUAGCAAAGCAGACGCUGCUCCCAGAGACUUGUGUUAAAACAGAGGGGCAGCAGGACGUCAGCCUCUCCCCAGUCUGCUCGGCCUCUGGCCUGGCUCCCCGGCCGGGGGAUCCAUGCUGGACCCGUGUUAUCAGCGUCCAUUGGAGUGGCUGGAACCUGCACUGUUGUGUGUAUCUGUUACUUUAUCGAUCAUUCAA